GCUUAAUACCCCCAUCCUUUCCUCAUCUCCUCACAGUCUGAAAUCUUCCAUCCUUCAGCCAGCACCUCCCUCCCGCCUGGACUGCUCUAGGUAAGGUGUUUUCAUCAAAGGGCUAGCCUUGGGGCGGGAGGUAGUCAUGUGCUGAUUUAUAGGUUGGAGCACAGAGAAAGAAAUCACCACCUUAUUUUGCUCAAGGCAAUGAGAACACCAGCUGGUUGAGCAGGAGCUUUGUAGGGGAUGCACCCAGGCAACUGCCAUUAAAACCAAUUACACUUGCAGUGCCAAUGGCAUGUAGGCACUAAUGCAGACACAGGCUGGUGGAGAUGGGUUUUUUUCCUCCCCUUUUCAAUCUCGGAGCACUUUGCAAAUACUAGGCAGAUAGAUUAGCCAGAAGCUUAAGGGCAGGUUUCGGUUGGUGAAGCGUUAGAUCUGAAGAGAAAUGCUUAUGAAAAUUCCCCAGAGCAGAUGGCAGUGAUCAGAUUCCCUGAUGGAAAAGGCAUUGCAUGAGGGGACUGGGUGUCUAACAGGAUCCAAUAGGCUCUUGGGGAAAUGGGAACUCUGAAAAAACAAAUUGACUUUCUCCCACAUCAAAUUCCAGCUCUCUUGUAGAUGACAGGUGCAGAAACGAUGCUAAUUAUUUUUAUGUCUCCGUUUAUGGUGAGUGCAUCUAUAAAAGUCUAUGCUCAAGUUGCCUUCUCUGUUCUAUUUUAUUGCGGAUACUUACAUUUUGUUAACACCAUGGUGGUGUCAAACAAAUUUGCUGACACCUAACAGAACUUUGAGAGAACUUUGCUUAUGCCAGGGUAAUUUAUCUACCAGAAACUAAACUGGAGGAACUGCUUCUGAAUGCCAUCCGUAGUGAUACGGAGACCACUGGGACAAUUCAUUUGAAAGAGCAAAAUGAUCCAGUCACAGAUGUGUAUUCCACAAGUUCCAUACCUUUUCCCAAGUGACAUUUAUGGAGCAUGAGGCUAUCAAUAGCUACGAAUCACAAGUGGGAAGAAUGCUGCCAUGCUCAAAUCCUGCCAGUGGGUUUCUCACAGACAUCUGGUUGGCCACUGUGAGAAUAGGAUGCUAGACUAGAUGAGCAUUGGGUCUGAGACGGGAGGACCUUUCGUAUGUUCUUACAAAUGGAUAUCUUAUUUGUGGAAGGCAUGGGCUGCACAGAUGCGCUGAAUGACUUAAAGGUAGAAGCCGCUGAGCAGAAAGCAGGCAUAUAUAUGAGCCGUCAAAGCGGUGUCAAGCCGUUUAGAGAGUAGGAAUGAAAAUGAGGCUUUUGCAGCUGAACAAAAUAAAUUCUAUGGUCAAAUUAUAGAUGCAAAAUUGUGAUAUUGCCAAGUAUGCAGCAAUAAUAGAAAUAUUACAAUAUUCAAAGUUACCUUCAGUCCUAUAGUCAAAGGAAUCCUGAGAACCAUGGGUUUCAUUACAAUCAAAUUCCCCAUUUUAUAUUUACAUUCAUUUACUUUACAUUUAUUUAGAAUGGUUUCGGAUAGGCAGUCAUUUUGCCCAAAGCUAGCACACUGCAGGGAAUUUCGGAGCUCUUAAAUCUAUUGUGCUAUCUAUAAAGUUGCUCAGAUGCAGGAAAGCAUCAAAUAAUCUGAGUGUAAACCAGCUUCUUAAGGGAAUGCAAAAGUGAGACCAAAAAAAUGCAUUAUGAAUUUGAAUUGAAUUUUUAUUUUUAAAAAAAGACAUUUGAAAUUUGAAUGUGGGCAUUUAUCUAACACUCAUGUAUUUUAAGACUUGGAUUUUCACAUACUUGAUCCCUCUCGGGGAAGUUCCUUAUCUUACCCUCCAAAGUAUCAGUCAACAGAAAUAAUUUUGUAAAAAUUGAGGGAUUGAGAGGGGUUGUGGGUAAUUAGCAUUCGAGAAGUAGCUAAACCCUUGAAGCCAAGUUGCUGAAUUGUAGAUAUGCUUGACAUGGCACACCCUCCUGUCUAUGGCAUUUCUUGCUCCCUUAAUUUGAGGCUGACCUCCUGUACAUCACAGCUUUGCUAGUAUCUCUCUCCAUGGCAGCAGAAGGUCCAAAAAAGUAAACAAUAGAGGUGUGCUGGCUAUCAGAGACAUUCUGGGAGAGUAAUGCACCAUCUUGAGCAGAAGUCUCUAAUUUGAUCAGAUGCUAGGCUGCCUUGUGUCUACUGCUUCUCCCUGCCUCUUACACAUUUAGAUGAUUCAGCUUGGAAUAGCAUGGCAAAUGCCUAAGCAGAGGUAGAAAAAGGUCAUCUGGGUUGCCUAGGACCUCAUUUUUCUUAGCACCUUGUGUGGGGCAAUUGUAUUUUUUUUUUAAUGCAUCUUCAGUUAGUGGGCCUCUAAGAACUGGUGGGAUGAUUUUACCAGGAGUUAAUUGGAACAAGCCAUCCAUAUAGUCUAAAUGCUGUUCCAUGGAUACACAAUAUACAGAGUGUGCCCAACCUGAUAUUUAAAAGGUAGGACCAAAUAGGUACAACUAGGUUAUGUGAGUCUGUGACUACUCUUUGGAUUUAGGGUAGCAGCACCAGGCAGCUGUAGGGGGAAAGUAUCCUCAUCAUCUCUAGCCAUCUAGAACAGGCACCCCCAACCUUCGGCCCUCCAGAUGUUUUGGACUACAAUUCCCAGCAUCCCUGGUCCUGUUAGCUAGGGAUCAUGGGAGUUGUAGGCCAAAACAUCUGGAGGGCCGCAGGUUGGGGAUGCCUGAUCUAGAACAUAGAAUAAUGAGGUCUGGACCCACUCGCACUCUGUAGUUUUAUCAUCGGCUUAGCUCUAUAAAGUUUUGUAGAAAUACUACAAACAAGGUACAGAUCUAGUUGAGAUUCCAACAGUUGUUGCUGUUAUUGCCAUUAAUUUUCUGUAUCUUUAUUGUAGAUCUUAUUAUAAUACAUGUGCAAAUUGUUCAACUUGCUUUUGGUAUUUUGAUGUUUUAUUUAUUGUUUAUGACUACUUUUGUUAUAUAGUCACUAUGUAUUUUUUCAUGUUAUAAGCCACCUUGAGCAUGGUUUGAACUAUGGAAUGGCAGCAUGCAAAUAAAAUUAUGUUCGUAUGAAUGUAGGGCUGACCCGGAACUUGUGCUGGUGUUCAAAGGUUAGGUUUCAGUUUCAUUCUUUAUUGCUGAUUCUUUAUCUUUCAAAUUGUAGGCACACAAUUCAAUUGCACGAUGCCUGAACAGUAAGUAAGAUAAACAACAAUCACGUCUGCCUGCUGCCACUUGAGGUGUCCUCUAUUUACAUCUAGUUUGGAUCUCGUUUCCUGGAUUCCUCUUCUGACUUUGGCCUAAAUUAACUCAUGCAUGACACCUGGCACUUAGAGCGGAACUAGAUUUGGGAGACUUGUCCUGAGGAAUGCUGCUGAAAAAGAUGUCAGUAGGCUUGAAAGAAGCCUUCUAUUUUAGCCAAAUAGAAGGCUUUUUUCAAGCCUAAUUGCCACAAGGGAAGGGCAGUUUUGGGCAACCAAACUGGUGAAGCAAUGGUUAAUGCUUCCCACCCCAACAGCAGCCUCCAAUUGCUCCUUCCCUGAUGCAAUUAGAGUGAAUGAAAUCUUCCAUUGGCUUCCAUAGGAGGCAUUUUUCAAGCCUAAUAGUUGUGGGCAUAGGAGCCAACUCCUAGGGGCCGUGGGGGCUUCGGCCCCCACAAUAAAAUAUUUGAGGGGGCUGGGACCCCACAAAGUUGAUGGGCAUUCCCAUUCAAAUGGUGUGUCUGCACUGUGUCAUGUGAUUGAUUAUGCAGAGUGGGGUUUACUUCGCCCCCCCACAAUAUUUUAUUCAAUUUGGCACUCCCUGGUUGUGGGGUUGGGCAGUGAUCUUCUUGGAGAGCUAAGGAAGGAAGAUUUGCUGUUGGCUACCCAGCUGUGCACUCCAAGAAGAUGCCCAGUGCCCCAAAUUUGGUUUGAAAAAUGCAGAAAUUAUUUUCCCAAGCCUAAUUGCUAGCAGGGUGUGUGUGUGUGUGUGUGUGCGCGCGCGCAUGCAUAUGUGUGUGGGGUUGCAUAUGUGUGCGGUUGUGGUAUAUGGUUGCAUACAUGUCUGAGGGAUGUGCAUCAGUGUGGUGUGUGUACAUCACAGUUUCUCCAGUUUGCACAUGUGACCAAGGACCCGCAAAGCUGAUAACCCAAGAGAAACAUGAACCUGUAUCAUAGGUUCACCUGUAUCAUAGUGGGGAAACAAGGAGAGGUGACCAAUGGGAGGAAAACAGGGUUGCUGCUUUCAAUGGCAAUCAUAUGACCAGUGCCAUAUCAAGAUUUGCUCUAGUGCAAUCCUAUGCAUUCCAGCUCAGACAUAAGCCAGAGCGCACUGUCAUGUUGCAGUGGGCAAUAGUGUCCUCAAACACUGCCUAGUGUGAACUGAGCAUGCCUCUAAUUUCUCUGCGAUGUUCAAAGGUUCCAUUGUAGGUCACAUCCUACAUUUAAAGCUCACAUAUACCACUUCAACAGCCAUAUAUUCGCCACAAAGGAUCAUGGGAAAUAGAGUUAGUUAAGGAUGCUGGGGAUUCGUCAGGACCCUUGACGAAUUACAGUUCCCAGGGUUCUUUGGGGGCAGCCAUCAUUGCUGAAGUGGUAUAAGAGUGCUUUAAAGGUUUAGUGUCAAGUCUAACCACAGAGAAUAUAAAGAGGAAAGUAUUCCCCAAAGGUAGAAAGUCUGAAAUAAUAGCUAUCAGGCAUUAGUUUCCAAUACUGCCAAAUUCGAAAUGCCAUUGCAUGUCAAAUACAGUCAGAUAUCAAGGGUAAGAUAUGAAAUUUUGAACUCAGUGAUCAUUGAAUAACAAAUAUUCAGAGGCUGCCUAGCGAGUUUACUUAUAAAAGAGAAUUUUGAGUUUUGAGAGCAUUAGUAAGACUCACAAACCACUUCUACAAAUCAGCCACUAGAUGGUAGAGAAGAACCUACACUUCCCAGGCUUAGAGACAAGGUUCUAAAAUGGUAUUUGCCAAAGGAAUUGUGCCUUUUCUCCUCCCCUUAGGCUGGAGCUAGCCAGUCCAUUUAGCCCUUUUGUUUCAGGGAUGUCAUUGCCCACUACUGGAAGAGUGGCACAGCUCACCCACUGACAACUAAUCCAUGAUCCCAUUAGUAGAUGUGACCAUAAAGUGGGGAUCUCUAGGUUUGAGAACAGUUGUGGACAUCUAUGUCAACGUAUAAAAGAGGAUGCUUCUCUUUUAUGGAAAACCCCAGGAGAAUGUGUGAUGUUUAAUUUGGGUCCAAGAACAGCUGAACUGUAGAGGAAUACUGUAUACCAUCUAAAUCACUUGUCUAAAUGAAAGCAAAACAGCCAUAUUCCAGGUAAGGUCUUCACAUUAGUGAUGGGGGUGGGAAUUCAGUUUGAUUCACAUUUUGAGGUGAACCUUCCAAAUCUGCACUUCCCAAAACAAUUUGUGACCCAAAAUACAGCAUAGGGAGGGUAGGAAAAUCCCGACUUCUUCUGGAAAUCUCUGGAUUAGUGGGGAGUAGAGGUGUGAUGGGUUUACUUUUCCAUAUAGUAGCAAUUCUAUUCUUCUCUUGAGCAGAAGUUUAUAUUCCUCAUAUUCAUUCUGCUUUCUCCUGUCUUUAUUCCUCCACCCAAAUGAACUUCUGCAGGGAGGUAAGUGUUGCUCCUGGAUUCUUUUUUAUUUUUCUGUGCAACUCUGCAACUGAUUGCAUAAUAUAUUUGCUUUAAAGUGGUUUCCCUUUAUUUACGUAUUCGUCUUUCUCCCUCAGAGGAAAUCCAAAAUCACAGCCUCGCGCAAACUCCUUUUGAAGGUGAGUCGGGAUGCGAUCCUAGAUCCUCACAGAGGUCGCAAACCAGCUGCAGUGCUUUUGUUAAAGUGAGCUGCACACAAGAGAAGCUAUCCUAAGCAAAUGUUGGGGAUUGUGUAGGAAUUCCACCUUGCACAUUGUAGGGGAAGCCUGUGAGACUUUUGCAUUGACCUAUGAUAGAACUCACAUCUCAGAAAAUAUGGUAGCACUGAUUUUUAAAAAAAUAUGAUGUUUUGAAGGAUCCCUCUCCUUGUCCUUUUCUUUUAUUUAGAACUUGUCUUAAUUUUAAAAAAUCUCAAAGUGAUGUAAAUGCUAGAAAUUAAAUACAAGACAAAAGAAUCUCAAAGCAAUGUACAAAACAGAAAACAAAUACAAUACAAUAAUAAUCAAGUAACAACCUAUUAAAAUAAACAUUAUACUAUUAAUUAGUAACACUCACAAAUACUACUACUACUACUAAUUUAUUUAUACCCCGCCCAUCUGGCUGGGGUUCCCCAGCCACACUGGGCGGCUCCCAACAGAAUAUUAAUAAUAAUAAAAAUAAAGGGAUAAAACAUCAAACAUUAAAAACUUCCCUAAACAGGGCUGCCUUCAGAUGUCUUAUAAAAGUCAGUUGUUUAUUUCCUUGACAUCUGAUGGGAGGGCAUUCUACAGGGUGGGUGCCACUACCGAGAAGGCCCUCUGCCUGAUUCCCUGUAAACAAACACACAGUCAUCCUUAUCCCUCAGUAUAAAAUCCCAUCCAGUCACUUUGUAUGACAAAGGCAGCUGGGCAGACCUCCUGGAAUCAUAAUAAGAUGAAUCUCCUACUCCACCUCCCUCAUGGGGACUGCACACAUAGGGUGGGGGAGCUGUGUGCCAAUAAGACUCUGAACAGCAGUGAGGAACUUCAUCUCAUCAGUAUUCCGACUGCACAGGCUCUCACCCUGAGCUGUAAACAUUCAAUGCUCUACCGACCAUCACACCAACUGCUGCAGACUCCAUGCCUUCCAAAAUAAACAGGCGGCCAACAGAGCAGGGGAGGGGGGCAUUGGUGGGGAAAGAGAAACAAAACCUCAAAGCUUGCAAAUUUCAAAUGCUUUGACUUCUUUGUCCCAGAGUUUGAUGCUGGCUAAAGCUAAAGAACAGUGGGAACAAGAGCAAGUGGACAAACAAGGAGAAAAGGAGAGGUAUUUGGCAGAGAGGGUUACACCUCUGCGGACCAGCGGACUUUCGUUUGCCCAACUCCAGGUACUCUCUUGGUUGAGGGAGCUGUGUGGAAGUAAAGAUGGCUUCUGAAGACUUGCUGAUGUUGUUGAGCAUUAUAGAGCUCUGAUGAGCCAUACUAGGAGUUAGGUCUCCAGCUUGUGCUGUAUUUUUUUGCCUUUGGACUCAGCUACAUUAGUAAAAAUAAAACGUUAAAAAUGCAUUAUAACACUGUGACACCAGAUGGUGUUGCAGAGCUGAAAUUGGAACUCUAUGAAAUUUUCCAUUGUCUCCCCCCCCAGCAUUUAUAGAGAGUUUUUAAAAUACCUGUGUAGAUGCAGCCAGAGGUGGAUAAGAAAUCUCUUCCUUCACACUGGAGAUGUUCUUAUUUAGACUAGAGCUUUGAAGUGCUUAAAUGAACUGUCUCAAGGGGAAUAUUUCAAUUUAUAUGUUUAAGCUUAGAUGGUUUGUAUUGACGGUUGUUGUACUAUUAAUGUCAGCUGAUGUUUUAUUUUUAUUUUCAUCUGGUUUCUUUUUCUUUCUUUGUCAAAUUUGCUGUUGAGAGACUCCCCCCCCCCCGACAAAAAUACAUCAUGUCUUCCAGAUAAGAAGGAAAAGGAAAUGCCUUCUUGUGUAGUAGUUCUAUCAAAACUAGUCCUGGAGAAAAAUGCCGGCUCACCACUUUUCCUUUUAACCUCUCUCUCUAGGAUCUGUGCAGAGAGCUACAUGAGAAAGUGGAUGUUGUGGAUGAGGAGCGAUAUGACAUUGAAGCAAAAUGUAACCACAACAUGCGGGAGGUAAGAAAACAAAAUGACAUCUGCUGCAAUCUUCACAAUAUAACAGUCAAUGUGCAUUGUUGUACUCUUGGGCCCAGGACCUGGUUCUUAGGGCAUUUAGGCCGGAGAGAAUGAAGGUGGAGAUCUCUGGUUUGAACUGAAAAUAGGAAAAUUCACCUCCUGGAACAUCUAUAAUCAUUCUGGAAUAUAUUUUUUUAAUGAAGCCCUUAGGCUGAUCAUGUGUUCUAGUUUUUCACCAUGCAGAAGCUCUCCUGACAUUCUCAGGUUUGAUGUUCCUGGUGCAGGAGCUGCUUAAUAAAGUGCACAAAGAAAGUGGGAAAAGGAGACCCAGUGCGCUUUUCCUAUUUUGUUUGAUCAUGGCAAAAGAUUCAGGUGUGAAACUGCUGCCAGGAAUGCCUCUCUGGAGCCGACUGCAUGUUUGCUGCCGGCUCCGCCUCCUAUUUAUGCAACUGGCCCUGCCUCCCAGCAGAGCUGAUUGGUUAACUGAGGUUUGGCGGGAGGCAGGCCAGCCCAACCAGCUGGUGCGUCCCAUGUGACCCAGGGUGCUGCGCGCAGUCCCGCAAAGGGCACCCACAAAGGAAGGUGUGAGCGCUCACUGUUAGCACUAGGGGAUUCCCAGAGCAUCCAUACCUGCAGCAGAGAAAGAUAGUCAGAUCACAUGAACUCCUUCCUGUUUAGAAAAAAAGGUUUGACCAACUUAACCUUAGGUCUUGCAUGCCCAUUGAUGACUUCAUGAGGCUUCUUUUCUGAUCUCCUGUUCUGCAGAUUAAAGACCUGAAACUGAAGGUGCUUGACCUUCGGGGGAAAUUCAAACGCCCUCCCUUGCGGAGGGUCCGUGUCUCUGCUGACGCUAUGCUUAGGGCUCUGCUUGGCUCUAAGCACAAAGUAUCCAUGGACUUGAGAGCCAACCUCAAGUCUGUCAAAAAGGAGGACACCGAGAAGGUCAGUGGUUGCUUCUUAAAGUGAUUAUGGAGGAAAGGUUUACCUGUGUGCUGACCUUCUUUCAAUUGGCUGCAUGAUAGCAUGAUAAUGCUAUCCUUUGGAUAUUCCCAACCAUCUAAAUUGAAGGGAGCAGUUGCUAAAGAAGUCCCACAUGGAGCACAUUCAAAUAGUCCAAAUUGGAGGACACCAGAGCAUGGAAAACUGAGGCCAGGCUUUCUCAAUCUUGACACAUGGCCAGACACCUCUGUGGGAGAUGGUUUAUUUGAGCUGCUCAUUAUCUGUGGUCUGUACUUCUACUCAUGCUGACCUUUCUACUAUGUCUUGUUUUGACUCACGGUCAAGACAGUUCGUGAUUGAUUUAGCUGUUUGAAGAGUUGUGCUAAGCACUUUUGAAAUAGUUCAUUUGUGGCAGCUGCACACAUAUUGAAUGGCUGAAAUCGUGGAUGAAGGCUGCUGAACCCAGGUCUUCCCACACCAAGUGAUCCCUAUCACGAUGGUAACAUUUGUAAGUAGCCUUCAUGUGAGCUGAAAGUCUUCACACCUUGCUUUUCUUAGGCGGAAAAAUCACUGCUUGGGCCAGCAUAUGGGGAUCUGUUUUGAAUAUUAGCUUUCCCAAUAUCAGUAGUUAACAGAAACUAUUUCAUAAUAAGUAGAGGAGCUCACUACACAUACAGUGUGUUUUGCAAGCUUGCAUAUGGAGGAAGCAAAUUUUAAUGUUCUGACUCUUUGUCUUUAUUACUCAUAAAGUCAUUCAGAGCUGAAAAAAUGUCAGCAUGGGGUAAAUUCCUGAUAAGGAGCUGGCCCAGACUCUGGUGUGCCUGCCAAACACUGGCCCAAACUCUGGCACAAUGCCAUUUAGGCUCAGAAGAUGCCUUGAACCUGAUACUCAAAGUAUCCCAUGGUUAACAGAGCAUGCUAAGCUCCCUGAACACCAGUGUGGGUCUCUCUUUCCAAACAUCUAAGGGUGUGGUAGCCAUACAAGGACCCUGUGUGUGUUGCUUCCCAGCCUGAAGGGAGCCUGAUAUCAGCUUCACCCAACUUGGUAGCCUUCAGAUAUUCUGGCCUAUAGCUCCCAUCUCUCCUGACCAUUGGCCAUGCUGGCUGGGGCUGAUGGGAGUUGUAGUCCAAUACAUCUGGAGGCUAUCAGGCUUGGAAAAGCUGGUUUAGAUAAUGUUUUCUGCAUGCAGUGGGGCAUGCUGGGAAAAUGUGGUGGUCAGUGCAUGUUUGUGAUGAGCCUGGCCUCUUUGUUUUAUGUGGAUAUUAUUACGCUACCUCAUUGGGUGUGGCCCUCAUAAGGCAGAUUACAGAUAACCAUAAGAUAUAUAAUGCACAAUGAAACAACAACCAACUUAAAACACUGAAAACCUUAGCAAAACAAUGAUUAAAACAUCAACUUAAAACUCCAUGUUUAGCUGUGAUUAUAUUUGGCCAGCUUGAUAUUACUGGCUUCCACCUUAAGAGGGCAAAACUCAGGAUUAGACUUUCUGAACGUCUGCACAAACACAUUUUACUCAACAUGCAAACCUUUAAUCUUGGGCAUGGCAAUGUCUGCUCAUGAUGGGUUGCCAGUGAGCAAGGAGGAGGCAUAGUCCUCAUAGAGUUGAGUAUGUGUGAAUUUCAUUCAUUCAAAAGUUCAUUUGCACUGGAUUCUGUGAUAUGUGUACACACACCCAAGCCAAUUUGGACAACUUCCUCUUCCAGUUGUUGGAGAAAGGCAAGAUGUUAUAAUGCAGAAUGCAAAGUCCCAUCUCACGGCCUUUGAAAAUUCUGCCUAAUCUUUUUCCUCUGAAUUCUGAGAUGCCAUGGGCACUGCCCACCCACUUUCACCUUCACCUUCACCUUCACCUUCACCUUCACAGCCAUGAGGACCAGAAACUUUGAAAUGAAAGUAGAGUUCUCAAGAUGCCAAAGUCCGUGCACCAUAUUGCACUUAAUUGGUGGUUAAGGUGGGAUCACACAAUACACAUACAGCUCUGGUGCUAUGAAUUUGCCUUUACUAUUCUGUUCUCAUGGUACUAAGGUAAGGUUCCUGGUUUCUUUACAGGAGCGUCCUGUAGAAGUGGGUGACUGGCGUAAGAAUGUGGAGGCCAUGUCAGGAAUGGAAGGCAGGAAGAAAAUGUUUGAUGCUGCCAAAGCUCCAACAGGACAGUGAGAAGUAUGACAGUCUUAAUUUACUCCUAUAUAUUUAGUUUCCUGUCCACAAUAAUUUUGCUAUCAUUGGUAAAGGGUUCCAGUCUCAGCAUCAUCACGAAUCCUGACUGAUACUUCCUUGAAUGCAGAAGCCACUCAAUGGGCAAUGUUGGGCAAUUGAACCAUUGUAUCAUAGAGAUACAAGCAGCACCAUUUUCCUGGCUCCGUUGAGUUCAAUUCAAUAGUGGAAGUUUAGGCUGUGUCUUCUUUCUUUCUUUCUUUCUUUCUUUCUUUCUUUCUUUCUUUCUUUCUUUCUUUCUUUCCUCUUUAAUAACUACUGCCUGUUUAUGUAAAACAGGUUCAAACUUAUUUGGGGGCACACACUAGAUAAUAUAUGUCAGGGAUAGGGUACCUGUAGCCUGCCAGGUAGGGCUUGAUUACAACUCCCAUAAUCCCUGAAUAGGGUUGGAAGGAUCUGUAAAUUUUGUUUCUUUUGGGUUCCUCCACAUUUCUGCAGAAAAUUGCAUUUUAAAAAAAAAAUCCUCCAGAAACUGUUUCCGCAUUUUAGUGAGAAUUUUUAUAAAAUUCCAAUAAAAACAUUUUUGCAUGCAGUUUUGAUUAAUGUACACAUUUUGCAGUUUUGAUUAAUGUACACAUUUUGCAAGCAGUUUCUCCUAAUAUACUAUAUUUUUGUAUGUUAUUUUCACUGUUCGUUUUCAUACACAUUUCCCCCUAACAUAUACAUUUUUGUUUGGUUGGAGAACUGCACUGCAAAAGCCAAAUAAGUGCGGAUUUUGGAGGAUGGCUGUGUUUCCAUUCUCAAAACUGUUUCAGAGAGUGUGAGCUGAUAAAUUUGGCUUUCAGGGUGAACUGAAUCAAAUUUCUUCCCCAUCCCUAUCUCUGACCAUUGGCCAUGUUGACUACAGAUUAUGGGAGUUGGGAGUCCAACAACUUCUUGAGGGUGUUCAUCACAGAUUCCCCACUGCAGAUCUACAAGGUGCUUUGCAUCUCACAACAAUCAUAAAAAAUAUAGUGGAAGCCUCACAGCUUUGGAAACAGGAGGUAUGAUACCUGCCACAAUGUUUACAAGCCUGAACAUGAAAGUGCCCUAUUAAGAUGCCAACUGGGACUCAGAAAGUUGACUUGCUGAUAGACUUAUGGACAUACCAAUCAGGGCACUGAAUCGUUGUCUCUGAGAUAAUGACGGGAAACAACUUUUGAAUCUCUGAAUAUAUCUGUCCAGACACAAAGCUUUUAAUUAUUUCAUAUUUUCUGCAUGCCAUUCAGUGUCAGAAACAGUGAUCCAAAUCUUACUGACUGCGUUAGAACCAGUCGGCGUCAGCUGGCUUCCUAACCAGUGCUCACUGCUAUAUCCUCUUUUCCUACAUAUGUUGUUGGGCUCCGACUUCCAUCAUCCCUGGCUAGUAUGGCCAAAGGUCAGUGAUGAUGAGAGCUGGAGGGCACCACAUUGGCUACCCCACCUUAGAGACUGUACUGGAGGUUGUUGUACGAUUCAGGAUCAAGUCCUGAAAAUCAUCUGUAUCACCAGUCCAGCAGUCACUUCUCUUUAUACCAUGUAGAGAGCUAUCACUGCACCACAUGCUCAGCUCUCGUUCCUAUACUAAAGAUGUGGAAGAGUAAACAGGACUAAGGCUGGCAAAUGAAGAAAGUGUGGACUGCAAAAAGAAGCCUGAAUACUUAAUCUGACCACAUUCUCCUCAUGUCCCUCCAUCUUUCAAAGCCUUUAUGUUGAAUUCUGAGUUUUGUGAGAAGGGAUAUAUAGCCAACCAGCUCAUACUUAAGGGGAAAAAAAUAUUCCAUUCUCAUGCAACUAAAACCUGACUGGUGAGAUGACUGUGUGUAACCCAACUAUCAUUCCUCCUAUCCACUUCCUGCUGCUGCCCCUUCCAGUAGGUUCCUGUUGGUCCAGAUUUGUCUUUCCUUUUAUUUAAAGCAUUUUACCCCACUCUUCAUCCAAAAAGCAUCCCAAAGGAGCUUACAAGAUCAGUAGCAAGACAGUUCUUUCCUACAGGCUUACAAGCUAAAAGACAUGGCACAAAAGGAAAAAAAGGAUGGGCAGGAAGGGGCAACACUUAGGAACAGCUGGGAUUGAAACAGUUAAGGUAGCCUGAUAGAAUGGGCACUAGUUGUUGUUGUUGUAGUUGUUUUAGUUCCUCACAGUUGGAGUCAUCACAUGAUGCUCUUGGUGCAGACAGACAUGUAAUACACUGCCAAGUGAUGGGAUCCAGUGACACAUUGCCUGUAUAAAUGCGCUCAGUCAUUAAAAAUUUGGCACAAGAAGAGCAGAAAUUCUGCUGUCAGAGUUGACAAUAACAUAGCAUAGUUGGCACCUGGGUGGUACAGCAGUGCAGAAAGCAGUGGCCAUAGAAAGCGUGGGUGUAAUGAUCGUUAUUCCUUAGUCUUUGGUCCUCGCUCAGCUGUCACCUAGUGUUGGCUACUUAGUCCAACUAUGAUGGGCAUUCUAUUUUAUUGUUACUUAAGUUACAGUAUUUUAUUUUGCUUGGAAUGUUUGUUAUUAAACACUGCUGUUUGUGCAAAGGAAAGGCUUCAAGGAUCGUGACAGUGCCUGUGUGAUCACUGUAAGUGAGGCCAACUCCAGUUUAAUUGAACAAUUGCUUUCCAUUCUUUUCCAGGGCCUGCAUGGAAAAAUGAAGAUCCUGUCCCACAGUGCCUGCACCUCUUUCUUUCCUCCCCCCCCCCGCCCUGUGCUCCCUCGUCUUGCCUCAUCUUCCUGCAUUAGCUGUAGAGUCGCUGCAUGUACAGACAUUAUUAAAAGAUCACUAUGACUUUGCACUUCAUGCCCUCUCAGCCCUUCAUGAGCCCAUCAAGCUUCCUGUGGAAGCACCCAGCAUCUUGCUAGCAGGAGUCCUGAUGAUGACUAUUGCAAUGAUCUUGCACUGCAGUCUUCCCUCCAAGGCCAUAUCAUUGGCACUUUGCAUUCUCUUACGGGCUGAGGGAGAGGCAUGCCAGGUCUAAGAUUAUGAAUCUGUAAAGUGCAAAAGGAAAGAGGAUCCUGUAUCAUAGAUGACCAUCCUGCACAAAUCUUUUGACCAUACAGAGGGCUCUAUUGAUGCUAUAACUUACUGACUGAAUGCUGUUAAUGUCAUUGCUAGGGAAGCUUUGGUGCUCUGUCUUUCUCAAUCAAAAAGUCCCCCUGACCUCUCCAUGCUGAUUCUUCUGAUACAUGCAGUUUGGGGCGAUGCAAACAUUGUUUCUCUCUGUACAUUAAAAACAACAGCACAGCAGCACUGAGGAUGAAUACACAGAAUGUGUUUCUUUCUAGUUUCCUGGAAUGCCGUACAUGAUGGUGGGUGGAUUGAGUUGUUGAUCAUGAGGUUUAACGGAGGUGGGAAGUGCUUGAGCCAUUUCACUGUUUCCAUAUUGCCCAUUCCACAUCUUCUUGCUUCCCUACGAAUAGGGCACCAGCUUGCUUUGUUUUGUCUCCUGUCUCUGGGCCCUACAGGCAGGUGUUUAAUUGUGGGUGUAUCUCGCAACAUGUUCUAGACGCAAUAAUAUUGUCUUAGUGAUGGAUUUAUUCUGCUUCAUGGUUUGUACUGUGAUGCUUCCCCAAUAUUGCUGCAUUAAUUGCUGCUCAGAUCACAUAUGACCACCCACUUCCCGACAUCACAUUUCUUUGUGGAAGAAUUACUUUGAGUGGGGGAGCUUUGAAUAUGCACUCCUAUCCAACGAAUGAAGAAGCAAAGUCCAGACAGCUUUGCUACUACAGGAUGGUGAGAAUUAGGCCUGUAUUUUAGAAAACAAGUUUUGGUACAGCACUCUGACCACUUCACCUUUUGUAAGUGUCAGAGUGCUGGUUUUGACCCAUAAGGCCUUAAACGGCUCAGGACUGCAAUACCUCAAGGAUCGCCUCUUCCCAUAUGAACCUACCUGGUCCCUGAGAUCAUCUUCUGAGACCCUCCUUCAUGUGCCACCUCCUCGAGAGGUCCAGAGGGUGGAAACACGAGAACGGGCCUUCUCUGCAGUGGAAUGCUCUCCCCAGGGAAGCUUGCCUGGCGCCUUCAUUAUACACUUUUAGGCACCAGGCAAAAACAUUCCUUUUUUAACCAGGCCUUUGGCUGGUCUUAUUGGCAUCCAACACCCUUUUAGAAUGUGGCUUUUUGGGGGAUGGGGUUAUUGGGUUACUGCUUUUGGUUUGACUUUAUAUGUUGUGGUUUUGUUGUGAAAUACCCUGAGACCUCUGGGUAUAGGGUGGUGUAUAAGUUGAAUAGAUGAUGAUGAUGAAGAUGAUAAUCAUCAUAAGUAUUACUGCAACACAAGUCACUAUAGCAGAGAGCAGCAGGGGUGGGGCAGCAGUGCUCAGCUGGCCAGAUGUCCCCCACAUUGUUGCUGCAUACUGGGGCAGAAAAGGGUAGGAGCGAGGCCAUGGCAAGGUCAGUGCCGUGUAAACACACUGGAGGAGUCAAUCCUGUGUCUGCCACUCACCAUCGGCUCCUCCUUCACCCUCCCGACACCAGUGACUGGAGGCCAGUUGCACACAGUUGCUGCAUCCUUGCCAUCUCCUACUGCCAAGCCAUCUCCCUUGCGGGAGGAAAGAGUUUUCCCUGUCCUGAUCAUUUGAUCCAUCUCUGGCAGAUACAUUAGAGUUCUGGUCUUUGGCACCAUCUGCCUGAUUUGCCAUUCUGAAAAGGUUGUUUUUGAAUUGGAAAGCCAUAGACGAAAGAGGCGAAAUAUAAGUUCAUUCAUUACCAGCAGGUGGCAACACCCUCUAUAUCAUAUGGGCACAGAUUAUAGGCUUGCCAUAUUUUGAAGAGCAAAAAGGAGGACACAUUUGCCAACUUCUGCUUUUAGCUAUGGAUUGCUAUGAUGACUCUCAUUUUACCUGCUCAUGAAAAAGAGGAUGUGAGGAUGGCUUGAUAACUCUUGACAAUCCCAGACAAAAACCAGCAGGUCUUUCAUUGAGGGUUGCUAAUGAUUUUUUGCUGAAGGUCUCGUGACUUUUUGAGCCUUCUGCAUUACAUUUUCUUGCGCUCCCAGAUGCACCCUGGAGCCAUGCACUGUGCCGGAGGCUGCUCUGGAAGCUCUCCAGACUUUAACAUAAGAAGACGACUCUGCUGAGUCUGCACUGACUGACAGCAGUCCUUUGGGGUUUCAGACAGGAGAACGCAGGGAUUGAAAAACCAGCCUUUCCCCUUUCUAAGGCCUUUCCCCUUUCCAGAGUGGCUUUUCACGGGUUAUGAUGCAGUGGUAAAGGGUGUGGAGGGCAUGUAGGGUUGUGUGGGGAAAGGUAAAAGGAGCGGGUGGCACUGUGGACUAAACCACUGAGCCUCUUGGGCUUGCCGGUCAGAAGGUUGGUGGUUCGAAUCCACACAAUAGGGUGAGCUCCCAUUGUUCGGUCCCAGCUCCUGCCAACCUAGCAGUUCAAAAGCACACCAGUGUGAGUAGAUAAAUAGGUACCACUGCGGCAGGAAGGUAAAAGGCAUUUCCGUGCGCUCUGGCUCUGUCACGGUGUCUUGUUGGGCCAGAAGUCACAUGAUGGCCACAUGACCUGGAAAGCUGUCUGUGGACAAACGCUGGCUCCCUUGGCCUGAAGCAAGAUGAGUGCCACACCCCAUAAUCACCUUUGACAGGACUUAACCAUCUAGGGGUCCUUUACCUUUACCUUUUACCUGUGUGGGGAGGACAGAAAGGAGAAGCUCUACUGCAUAAGUGGAGAUCCACGCACACUACAUUGGCUAUCUCAAAAUAUAAUCCAGCUGGUUUGUAAGUUUAGUUAGGAAUUCAGGUUUAGAUAAGCCUGAGCACUAACCUGUCUCUCCAGCUGUAGACUGGAAUGGCUACUGACUACUGGCACAUGUAGGGACCGCAUUCCUGCUGCAUGAGGUGGAAGCAUUUUUCUACGAUGCACAAAGAACUCUGUGAACUUAGUUACCGGUAAAGCGCAUCCCAGCAGGCAGUGUGCUGAUCUGCUGUGGUUUGUCGGUGGCAAUGUGCCCAGCUGGGUAAUAAUGUGCCCAGUCAUAGUACAAAGUGCUGAGGAUCAAAUAUGAGCAAACCUUCUCUGAGGGAAGGCCCAUAGUAGGCACAAAACUAUGCAUUACUGCCUCACUGCAAGCACAGGAGAGGGAAGGAUCCCAUGGAAUGGAACAAUCUUUCCCUUGGAACACGUUGUCUGCAAGCUGCUGCUGGCCAAACCCCAAAGCAGGAAAACUGAUGGCAAGGCAGAAUGACUGGCUUUAUUGGGCCACCCUACAACUGAACCAGGAAGAUGUGUUUAUUCUCCAUGGAAGAAAAACAAAAUCCCCACCAGCCAUCGAUGGGUUUGGGUUUGGGGCUGGCGUAGGGAUAACCAACUCUCAGUGACCUACUGAUCUCUCAGUCUCCAGUCUCCAUCUGCUGUGUGAGGGUAAUAAUACUGACCUACUUUGCAUGGCUGUUGUACAGAUUAACUGAGGUACUUUAUACAUUGAAUUUAUUAGACUGGGUACAUUGGUUCCAUUGAUUUCAAGUGACUUCAUACUUGCUCUACUUUUUUUCUGGGUUUCAUUCAAUGAUAUUACAUACACAACAACAACAACAACAACAACAACAACAAGGCAAUUAUUUAUCUAAGCAACUGUCUGUUUUUACCAGUGAGAUUUUAUAAUGCAGGAUUAUGCUGGAUUUCUCUGCAACCACAAGCCUAGAAAUUUACAUUUCUAUCAAAUGUGGAAAUUCUCACAUUUAUAGCACAAGUCUUCAGGAGAAAGAGAAAUACGAUUCACUGUUUAUGUACUGAUUAUGUGUGAUUUACUGGUUAUGCAGCAGAUAAUGAAAAGAAGGGUUUGAGAAGGACUUGCAAAAACAAAGUAUUUAAGGUGCAAAUCCUUUAGUUUACACACUUUGAGGUCUGCAAGUAUCUCUAACAAUGGAACCUCUAUUCAGUAAUUAGUAAAAUAAAAGGAAAUCUGUGGUUU